AUGUUAUCCUGUCGACCACAGGCUCAAGAAGCUAUUUUUUUCUUAGAAACAGUCCUGACCGAGGCGGAGUACGUGGAUAUCAAGCUCAGAUUCAUCGAAAGACCUAUACAAGUAUCAGUGCCAGAAUAUGUCGCUAGCGCUGAUGUCGAGUCAAUUGGGAGCUCUGGCCGGCGAGAUAUUAGGUCUACUAUCAAUAUCUGGUGA